UCUGUGCGAGCCUGCGGCAGGACUCCCGGUUGCUGUGCUUUCGGCAGCAAGGGCGCAAUUGGCCCAGGUCUCUUUUGGGCCUUGUUCCCUAGGGCUGAUCGGGUCCUUUCCAUCCUGACCACCGCUGCUCUGUGUUGGGGAGAUGUGGAGCAGCCCCUUCUCCACCAGGCAGAUUCCUGCCAUAACCCAGCUGGUGGCCACUCCUCACCCUGGUUAUCAGGAAGUAGCUGCAUGGCUGCUGAGUGGUCCAGUCAAGGUCAGAUACAUGAAGCAGGGAAGCUGGCGGGACAGGGUGCAGACUUUGCUUGGGAGCCCUGGACAACAGCAGAGUCCUGGUGGGAGAAGGCAGCAGCCAGAGCACACCACUUCAGUACCUUACCAGCCUCACCACUCCCUUCCUAGGACAGUCUCUGCACUGUGCCUUACUUUGGAGUUCCUGAGCCUGGAGCAGCAUGGUAUCCAGAGAGUGGCAGAUGAUGAGUUCCUGGUCCAAGAUCACACAGCAAAGCUGGAGACAGGGCUGCAGCAGAUCAGUCUGCCAUAUAGCCAGGCCCAUUCUUCUUCCUUCUCAACAGUGAGCUGUGGUGCAGACAGAUGGGAAGGCUUGGCAUGGAAAUCCCUCCCUGCACUGCAAGGCCAUCUAACAUGCAGAGAAGUCGGAGGUUUGAAUAUUGCAUUAGAAAUGGUGGAGUUGCUUUCCUGUAAGCAUCUCCUGGCAGAAAGUCUGAUUUCAUGGAACCUUAAGGAUUUAAGCUAUCCCAUCUUUAAGCUUAUCUUCCAUUUUCUGGAUUUUGUGAAAUAUGUAGUGGCCCUGAGGGAGUACCCAGUGGCUGUGAAGGAGUACCCAGGAGCUGUGAAGGAGUACCCAGGAGAGGCACGUUGGAGGGACCCUCCCCAACCCGAGACUCAGACGUCACUAAAGAGUAGUUACACGGAGGAACUCCUGGGUCCCUGGGCCCUCGAGUUUGAAGGGACAGGAAUGCCAGGUGCUGAGAACACGCAGGGAUGCGGCCUGCAGAGGGCCUGCAGAACUCACGCAGGAGCCCGCUGUCCCCCUGGAGCCACAUCAGGGACGGGGCGCCCUGGGCCCUGGACGUCUGCACAACUCCCCAGGAAGUGUCUCCGGGGUGGCGGGACUGAAGGCUGCCAGGACGCUGUGGGACACCCGGGAUUCCAUUUCAGUGUGCUGGGAAGAGCUCCCCGGGGUGCCCUGUGCACCAGCCCGGGAACUGGAAGAAAGCUUCCUUCCCCGCAGUGUUCCUCCGGCGCCCCCUACAGACUCUAA